AUGUUGACAUUCUGUAUCAUUGUAUUGUAUAGGGGUGGCGGUACUGGAAUGGAAAUGUAUAAUGUUCCCGAACAUGCGAAUGAUGAGGUUUAUAUGAUUCAAGGCAUGGAACAAAACCUGCAUUUUACAACUCCCUUUGAACAAGUUGAAGCUAUGUACAAUGAAGGAGCCCCUGAGUAUGUUGUUGAUCAGGGCUUGUAUUAUCCGGCUGCCACCAACUAUGGGUAUUACUGUACAGGAUUUGAAUCACCCGGUGAAUGGGAGGACCACCGAAGGAUUUUUGGCGCAGAUGGUCCGGAUAUCCAGUACACGGGUGCACAAAAUGAAAGUUUGCCUUUUGUAUAUUAUACACCUAGCUAUGGAUAUGCACAGUCUCCAUACAACCCAUACAAUCCUUACAUACCUGGUGCUAUGAUAGGCAUUGAUGGCCAACAGUAUUGCACCAUCCCCCCUUAUCAAAACUCUGUCUCUUCACCUGCUUAUAUCCCUCAUGUUGUUCAACCUGAUGUCGUUCCCAAUAGUUCACCUGACUCAGUGUUUGAUAAUGGAGCAUCAAUUAAUAGACCUGAUGGAAGAGGGGUCAAAUAUAACUUAAAUUCAGCUUCUGGAGGCUUCCCUAACACCCCUAAGUCCUCUGCAAAUCAGAUGAGUCCCUUGACAAAGGUAUCAGAAGGUUCAAGAGGUAAUGGACCGAGCAAGCAUGCUGUUACACAUGGCAGCGUUGUGUCUGGUCGUUUUUCAACCCCAGCCUCAUCACAUGUUCAUCAGGUUAGAAGUGCAUCCGGCUCAAUUUCGGUUGUGGAUAACCUUCCAAAUGGGAAAGUAUUGCCUAAUCAUAAUCAAUUGAAGGUCGAAAUCCCUGUUGGUAAUGGCUUGUCAAACUUCGGAUCUAUUCCUCAAGGACGGGGUGCCGUGGGUAAGCUUCGGCCUAAGUUUAAUGUUGGCAGGGCCUUGAAUGAUGUACAUGGUGGCCUAGAGGCUUUGGGUGAGCAGAAUUGUGGUCCUAGAAUCAAUAGGUUAAAAAAUCAAAUAGCUGUUAAAGCCUACACGACUAAGGCAGGAGAUUGUAAUGCUCAAGGGAACAUCGUUAUUCGUACUGAUCAGUAUAACAAGGAUGAACUGCCUGUUGACUAUGUGGAUGCAAAAUUUUUUGUAAUAAAAUCGUACAGUGAGGAUGAUGUUCACAAGAGCAUCAAAUACAAUGUUUGGUCAUCUACACCCCAUGGCAACAAGAAACUCAAUAGUGCUUAUGAAGAUGCCCUAAGAACAGCUGCUGGAAAACCUGGAGGCUGUCCUAUCUUCCUUUUCUUUUCUGUUAAUGCAAGUGGUCAAUUCUGUGGCGUCGCAGAGAUGGGUGGCCCGGUUGACUUCAACAAGGAUAUGGACUUUUGGCAGCAAGAUAAAUGGAGUGGGAGCUUCCCUGUUAAGUGGCACAUCAUUAAAGAUGUGCCAAACACCAGUUUCAGGCACAUCGUAUUAGAGAACAAUGAAAACAAGCCGGUGACUAAUAGCAGGGAUACACAAGAGAUCAUGUAUAAGAAAGGCUCGGAGAUGUUGAAAAUAUUCAAGAAUCACACAUUGAAGACAUCUUUACUUGAUGACUUUAUGUACUAUGAAGAGCGUCAGAAAUUCAUGCAGGAAGAGAGAUGCAGGUUACUUGUUAGAAGUUUUGAAAGUCCAUUUCUAGUAACGGGUUUGGGUCCCCCCCGCAAGCUAAACUCUGUGGGUGACGAUGCAAACAACUCGAAAAAGACUCUUGUCCCUGCUUCUGCGCAGGUUUCCUCUAACUUUGGUGUUACAAACACUAGUAUUACGAAUGGAAAUGCUGAGAAAAAGGCACCUGAAGCAAAAGAUGAUGCUGUAUCUACCUUAAAAAUUGGUUCACUCACUAUUAAUCGAAAGCAGGUGGACUCAAAAUCUUCAGCUGCUGCUGCUACUAAUGCCAAAAGCUUUGAUGUUGUUACUGUAGGCUCAAUGCCUGUUAGAGUUAAUGGAUUUGCUGAAUCCUUGCGUAAUUUAACAGUUGGAACUAUCCCUCUUGAUCCUAGAGCAUUACAACUAGGGGAUGGUUCUCUUAUCAAAAAGGGGGAUCAACAGAAUUGA